CAGCUCUGAUUCAGCUGAUCUUUGUUUAUUUAACUUUAAACGACGCACAACUGGAGAAACGAUUAGACAGUAAACAACUAAUUUCUCCGUAAACGAAUAUUGGUUUCCAUAUAAUCGCACGUUAUCUACGGGUAUUCCCGGUACCCACAGGAAAACAAUAUACAUUGUGCGAAAAUGAGGCUUGGCCAUCUGCUGCUGGCAGUAGUCGCAUCCUGCUCAAUUAUAUCCACUAGUCUGGGAUACAGGCCGGUCGUUAUUUUGCACGGAAUCCUCUCCGGGGCCGAGUCCAUGACCAUGUUGGUGCAGGAAAUAUUAGAGGCUCAUCCUGGUACUAUAGUUUAUAACUGCGACAAGUUCAACGGAUGGUACAGUCUGGAGAAUGCGUGGCGUCAAGUCGACCAGAUUCGGGAUUACCUUCAUGAAGUCGGAAAACUACAUCCUGAGGGAAUUAUUGUUCUGGGGUACUCCCAGGGAGGCCUCUUGGCUCGAGCAGCUAUUCAGAGCCUUCCGGACCACAAUGUGAAGACUUUCAUAUCCCUUUCCUCCCCACAGGCGGGGCAGUAUGGAACAAGCUUCUUACACCUUAUCUUUCCCGAUCUGGCGGCCAAGACGGCCUUCGAGUUGUUCUACUCACGGGUAGGGCAGCACACCUCUGUCGGUGGCUACUGGAACGAUCCGCACAAGCAAGAGCUGUACAUGAAGUACAGUGAAUUCUUGCCGCUGAUCAACAACGAGAAACAAACCUCAAACUCCACCUCAUUCAAGAUGGGUAUGGUGCGGCUCAACAAGCUUGUAAUGAUUGGCGGACCUAAUGACGACGUAAUUACUCCUUGGCAAUCCAGUCAUUUCAGUUACUAUGAUGAGAAUUUGGACGUUAUACCUUUUACCAAACGAAAGUUUUUUACAGCCGAUUCCAUUGGUGUGAAAACCCUUCAAGAAGCUGGUAAAUUGAUUAUAGUUAUCAAGCCCAAUGUCCAUCAUCUGGCCUGGCACAGGCGGAAGGAUGUUAUCCAUGAAGUAAUCUUGCCAUAUUUGGACUAAACGAA